AUGGGUGUUACCAAGACUACUCACCGUGAGGGCUCCGGCGCCAUCCCUGCCCCUGGCCAGACUGUCACCAUUGAGUACACGGGCUUCCUGAAGGACACCAGCAAGCCCGACAACAAGGGCAACAAGUUCGACUCCUCUGUCGGCCGUGGCGACUUCGUUACCCGUAUUGGUGUCGGUCAGGUCAUCAAGGGCUGGGAUGAGGGUGUUACCCAGAUGAAGGUCGGCGAGAAGGCCACCCUUGACAUCACCAGCGACUACGCCUACGGCGAGCGAGGCUUCACCGGCCACAUUCCCCCCAACGCUGAUCUGAUCUUGUAUGUUCUACCUCUCCCAUGCUAG